GUGGCUGACUGAUACUCAUCGCAGUUUUAGGUCUAUAUAAAGAUACACAGUGCUGCUCUGCUGUUCGUAGCCUAUUGCAGUGCAGUAGGUUGCAGUAGGUAUGAGGGGCAACUCAGCCGCAUUCCGCUUGGCUGCUCUCUUAGUCCUGCUGACUUGUUUUGUUUGGACAACUCAAGGAGAUAAAGAUGAAAAGGACUGGCAGAUUGCCUUGGGAGCCAAUGUAGAGAUCCCAGGGGUCUGCAGAGUUUGCAAAUGGCUCAUUAAGAGGGUCAGGGGAUCCCUUCAUGAAGCAGAAAGCAAGGAGGAGAUCAGAGAGCAGUUGGAUGUGGCGUGUCAAAAGGCCAGUUUCCUCAAGCGUGUGUGCAGAUUCUUUGUGAGAAAAUUUGCAGACAAACUCCCGGAUGAGAUAUCUUCCUCAGAGAAUGACAGAACCGUCUGUGUUCACCUUAAAGCCUGCAGGAGAAAGUACUUGCUGUGAGGGCCUUGCAGACUGCAGUUAAAACCCCCAAAGAGCAGAGCUACACCAGUGGCCAAAGAUCAGAUGUGAAACCAUAUAUGAAACAUGAUUAUCUGCCAUUAAUAAUGAUCUUCUGUAUCAUUGUGAGCUAAAGGGG